UGGCCAGAGCGCCCGGGCUCGCUGCGCGCUCGCCGCCCCCAUCAUGGCCUCCCGCGGCGCGGGCACCCUACUGACCGAGUUCAACGCCGCCUACGUGCCCCCCGGCCUCAUACCCGGGUACCAAGGCCAUGUUCCUGGCGUGGCCUUCUCCUUCGGCUCCCCCUAUGACACCACCACGCUCAAGUACUUCUAGGAGCAGCACAACGCAGCCCUGGAGAAGAGCCACACUCCCUUCAGCAAAGGCGGCCACUUCCCGACCAUCUUGUCCCCAUACCUCAACCAAGUGCUGAGUGACCGCUGGCUGCACGCCCCCAGCUGCACCCACUUCAACCUGGACAGUAGCCGCUCGGCCGAGCUCUUGUGCUUCUAGCAGAUGACACAGCAGCAUCGGGAGUACUAUCAAGACAAGACGGGCAUGGUGCCCCGGGUCCCCUACUUCGUGCUGCCUGUGAGGGAGUGGGAGUGAUACCCCAUCCCCACCUACCUGCCUCCUCUGGGCCCAAAGAAGAAGUGGCACCUUUUAAGAGUAUCCCCUGGAGUAUCCCCUGAGAACCUGAGGACCUACCAGACAUUCCCAUCAGGGAAGAGGGUCUCCCCACAGGAACAGCAGAUGUAGGACUGCUGCUUUGAGUUCAGAGCAUGA